AUGAUGACGUGUCGCCCUGCCCCCCUAUUGCAGACCGAGGCGGAUGGCCGCUUACGAGGCCACGGGGAGCUUGCCGGCGCGCAGCCGGGGCUGACCCUCGUGCCCGAUCCGCAGCCCGCGCAGGGGUUGCCGGCGCGGCGGCCGUGGAUGCAGGGCGAAAUAGAGCAGGGCGUGCCCAAGCACCUGGCGACGUGGCUGGACCAGGUUGAGAGCGUGCGCCAGAUCUCCGACAUGCUCGCGAGCGCCGGCCAGUGGCAGGCGGGCUGCGCCGUGCGCGUCGAGCCCACGUCGACGGCGGCCGCGGCGGCGCCCAAGAAGCGCGGGCGGCCGCGCAAGGAAGGGCCCUUCACCCCAGAGCAGUCCGCGGUGCUGCAGCACCACCACGCGCGCCAGCAGCAGAUGCUGCACCGCGCGGCGGCGCGGCAGGCUGCGGCGGGCGGCAUGUUCGGCGGCAGGGGGGCGGCGGGGGGCGGGUGUAGCCCAUUCAGGCAGGCGCAGCCGCGUCAGCUGCAGGGCGAUGCAUUAUCGCCUGCGCCGCACCUCCAGGUGCACGGGCAGCUCCAGGCUGCCGCUGGAAACCUGCCCCCGAUGCGCUUUGCGCCUGCUAGUCAGCAGCAACAGCUGCUGCUGGAGCAGCAGCAGCAACAGCAGCAGCAGCUGCAACUGCAGCACUUCUACCACCACCACUACCAGCAGCAGCAGCAGUGGCAGCAGCGGCAACAUCGGCUGUGGCAGAAGCGGCAGCAACGGCAGCAGCGGCAGCAGCAGCAGCAGCAACAGCAGCAGGAGCAGGAGCAGCAGCAGCAGCAGCAGCAGCAAAAGCAGCAGGAGGUUGAAGAGGUUGAUGAGCUGUCAGUGCAGCAGCCGGCCCUGCAGCGAGCGGCAGAGCAGCAACUGGCAGAGCAGCAAGCGCAAGGGCAACCGUCACUGCCCCAGCCGCAGCUGACACCGCAGAAGCAGCUGCAGCCGGUGCGGCAAGCUUUGCACUCAGCAGAGCAGCGGUCUCAGCAGCAGGAGCAGCAGCAAGAGCAGGAGGCGGAAGAGCGACAGGACGACCAGGAAGAGCAGGAGGAGGAGCACAAGCAGCAGGCAGCAAUGCCGUGGGCUACCAAUCUGGAGGGCGACCUGAGUGGGGUGCCAGCUGCACGGCAGCUGCCCUCGAUGCUGGGCGGCCCGCCACCCCAGGCGCCGGAGGGCGCCCCUGGUGGCAACCUCGGGCAGGCGCCUUGCGCCUGGCAGCCGGCGGUGGGGCAGUCAGGGCGCUGCGGCGAGGCGGCCGAGCAGUUGCCGGCUGCGGACGCCAUCGAGGAGGUCUUGCAUGACGCUGCCGCAGAGGACAGCGACGCCAGCGCCGAGGCCGCCCCCGGCAGCCAGAGCCUGUUCCACGCCUGGGGGGCCGGCCAGGGCGCGAUUGGGGGCGGGCGCGGGGGCAGGUGGGGCGGCAGGCCCGCCGGCCGCGGCGGGCGGCGCAGGCGCGACGACUCCGACGACGAAGACUACGUCCCCGGCGCCGAGGACGACGGCGACGAGGCGACGCCGCAGCGCGGCGGCCGGGGCCGGGGCCGGGGCCGCGGGCGCGGCCGCUUUGGGGGCGGGCGCGGGCGCGGCGGCGGCGCUAGGUGGGGGUCGCCGGCCGGGUACUCAUGCUAUGGCGGAUCGCCGAUGGCGAUGGGGAUGGGCGGCCUGCAGUUUGAUGAGCUGCUGGCUGCGCAGGCCGCGCAUGCGUAUCACGCAGCAGCCGCCGCCGCCUGGCAGCAGGCGCAGAUGGGCGCGCUCGGUGUCCAUCAGCAGGUGCCGGCGCAGCACACGCCUGCGGCGAGGCCUGGGCGCGGGGGCGGGAUGCUCGGGGCCCUGCCCGCGCGCGCCUAUGCGACGCCCGGCGGCAGGCACGGGGAGGCCGGCGGCGCGUACGCAGGCGGGCAGGCCGCGGCAGCUGGGGGAUCUCCACGAUGGGGGCAGCUGCAAGGGCAAGCACAGGCGCAGGCGGCGCUGCUGCCACUGCCGGCGGAAGCCCUCGCCUUCCCCGCAAUGCUCCCCGCUGCGCCCCACUUUGCCAUGGGCGGCUGGCCGCUCCAGGUGCAGCAGCAGCAGCAGCAGCAGCAGCAGCAGCAGCAGCAGCAGCAGGAGAACUGCGCGCUAAGACGUUGGUGA